AUGUUUCUUUGGGAGAGUCCCGAAGUUUUGCUGUUCGCAGCUUGCUUCACAUUGAGAGGUUAUGCCGAUUUACGCUCACGCUACAAUGAGUUUAUGGAGGAGUUGAUCGCUAUGAAUCAUAUGGAACCCGUAUGCACCGCAGCUAGUCAGGCAUAUUAUAUGCAACAUCACCAAAUUAUAAAGGAGUCGAGUGUGACCACGAAGCUGAGGGUCGUUUUCAACGCUUCCGCCAAAACCACUGCUGGGAAAUCGCUCAACGAUGUGUUAUUCGUCGGGCCACAACUGCAGCCAGAUUUAUAUUCAAUUUUGAUGCGUUUCAGAACGCACCGCUUUGCUGUAACGGCGGAUAUAGCAAAGAUGUACCGGCAGAUUUGCGUAUCAUCAAAGCACGUUGACCUACAACGAAUCGUCUGGCGUCGUGACCCGUCAUUACCAAUUCAAGAUUUUCGAAUGUUACGCGUUACCGCAAAAAAGUCUAUUCCGUUACGCAGCAGUAUUUUGCGCUUGCAUCCAUUUCUCGACGAAAACGGUGUUCUACGGAUCGGAGGCGAAGUUACACCUGAUAUGAAACAUCCUAUUAUUUUACCUAAGAAUUCUCCGCUGGCGAAGCAAUAG